AUGAAGAAAUAUGAAACGAACAUUGACAUUUAUCCCUUCAUUGAUGUUUUGAAAUCAUCUUCAGUCAUUGAAGGUUCUGUGCAUAGGACGUUCAUGUCUUGCAUGUUAAAUCUGACCACCAAAAAAGACGAAAUGAGUCAAUUAUUUAUUCAUUGGUUAGAGAAGUAUCUUAGAGAGAAGAUUCAUCUGGAUCGUUCGAAUGCAUCAGAACUUAAAAAGAAGUGUUUGAAUUUAUGCACCAAUUAUAGGUUCAAAACACAAAUUGAAAAUGGAUUCGAGCCAAAUUUCCCCUUGAUUGCAAAUCAUAUAGGUGAUUCCAUCACCAAAACGUGUGAAAAGCUGGUUCGCAAGAAUCUUUCUCUCAAGAUGCAUCUAAAACAAACAGCAGUAAGGCUGAUGGGAGUUAUUGAUGAGAGUAUUGAGAACGCUCUACAACCUAAUCAAGUGUUUAUUCAUUGUGACACUUUGACUUUAGAAAAUUUGUACAAAAUCAAACAAGCCAUUAUUUAUAGAGAUCCUUUGGUGUACGAGGGAGAUAUUCAGAAAUUAGAGAUUGUAUUGAUUCCUCCUAACGAAUAUCUUGCAUCUCUGAGGAACGUCAUUGUCUUUCCCAAAGUUGCAAAGGACCAAUUAGCACCUCAUCAGAAAAUGGGUGGUGGUGAUUUAGACGGCGACUGGUACUGCAUUAUCUUUGAUCAAGAAUUGUGUUCGUUAAUGGAUAAGGAACCAAAUUUUAUUAACUAUGAUGCAAACAAACAAGCACGGAAAUCUCAAACAUUCACAUUGAGCUAUGAAGAAAUUAGAACUGAAACCAUACGUCGUAUUGCUCAUAAAUUUUGA